GGUAUAAGAUGAGCUCCGUUAAUCUUGUUGACGAGUUGACCUGUCCAAUAUGCCUGGAAUUGUAUGACUGCCCCGUCUCGUUACCCUGUCUUCACAGCUUCUGUACAGAAUGCCUACAAAAUCUUACACACAGCAGCGGUGGUACCACAGUGACGUGCCCCCAGUGUCGGAUCGACGCCCAGGUUCCCGCUGGGGGUGUAAAGAAAUUCCCUAAGAAUUUCCAUCUGGCAAAUAUUGUACAGAAAGUUAAACAGCACAACGAGCAGAAAGAAUCGUCAGAAAUGAAAAAUAAAGAUGCCCAAAAUGACCACUCUGAUAUGAGGGAGCAAACUCAAGAAUCAAGCGAACAUCCGUCUUCAUAUGAUUUUGUGCCGCAUUAUCCUCCGAGAUUUAAACACCCUCACGGCCCUCCUUGGCGACAUCAUCCCCCACCUCCACCUGGUUGUCAUGGACGAGGUCCACAUCCUCCUCCCCCUCCACAUGGGCCACACCCACGACAUCCCGGUGGACCACAUGGUCGUCAUCGCCCACCUAGGCAUCAUCAUGGACACCCCCGGCAUCACCCUCCACCUUGGCAUCAUUUUAGAGGCCCACCGCCUCCUGAAUAAAUUAUUAAUUAAUAUUUUUAUAUUUGGCAAUUGCAGUACUAUAAUUUAAAAAAUAAA